GUGAUGAGAAGUGAGAGCGUCUCGGAUAGUGUUACUGUCAAUUUUCAACUGAAUACCUACAGAUGUAGCGGAUACUGCAAUGACAAUUACAUGUCACCAAUCUUUCUGAUCCUAGUGGACGAAGGCAUCGAAGAUUGUGAAGUGGACUACGGUCAAAAGGUAGAUGGAGAUUUUAAAAAAUUCUACGGUACACCUGCAGAAAAUAUCACUGGACCCUCCUCCUCUUUGGAACUUCAAUACAACGGUAGACAGCUGAUGGAAUUCUAUCUUCAGAGACAGGCAUAUAGCAAGACAUUACACCUAAUCGUGAAGCAGAAGUACAAUGAUGAGAAAAUUGCGCCCGGCUCGGACGACACAACACAUUACUGCUCCAAUGUCAGUACAGACAAGCUUGUCAGCCCAUUUAACCUCACGCUUCAAGCCCACGAUUGUACUUCCUGCAGUAUUGACGUGACGUUGGUGGCGACGUGUCCUCAGCAUUACUUUGGUGCGCAGUGUGACAUCUACUGUUCACCCUCGGAUAAUACGACUGGACACUACACCUGUGGGCCUAAUGGGGAAAAAAUCUGUUUUCUAGGCUACGAGGGUGACAACUGCACUGUCAAUACUCCGGACUGUGUCAACGUGACCUGCCACAACGGAACAUGCAUCGACCUUGUGGCAAACUUUUCAUGUAGCUGUUAUGCUGGUUACACUGGCGAGUUUUGUGAACAUAAUAUUGAUGACUGCGUAAAAGAAGCAUGCCAACAUGGUGGAACGUGCCGCGAUGGGAUUGGAAAUUACACUUGUUCCUGUGGAAAUGGAUUUGAUGGAUUACACUGUGAACAUAACAUUGAUGAUUGCCCAAAUGCUACUUGCCAAAAUGGAGGAACGUGCCGCGAUGGGGUCAGGAAUUACACUUGUUCCUGUGGAAAUGGAUUUCAUGGAUUACACUGUGAACAUAAUAUUGAUGAUUGCGCAAAUGCUACUUGCCAAAAUGGAGGAACGUGUCGUGAUGGUAUCGGGAAUUACACUUGUUCCUGUGGAAAUGGAUUUAAUGGAUUAAAUUGUGAACAUGAUAUUGAUGAGUGCGCAAAUGCUACUUGCCAAAAUGGAGGAACGUGCCGCGAUGGUAUCGGGAAAUACAUUUGUUCCUGUGGAAAUGGAUUUAAUGGAUUAAAUUGUGAAUAUGAUAUUGAUGAGUGCGCAAAUGCUACUUGUCAAAAUGGAGGAACGUGCCGCAAUGGUAUCGGGAAAUACACUUGUUCCUGUGGAAAUGGAUUUAAUGGACUAAAUUGUGAAAAUGAUAUUGAUGAGUGCGCAAAUGCUACUUGCCAAAAUGGAGGAACGUGCCGCGAUGGUAUAGGGGAAUACACCUGUUCCUGUGGAAAUGGAUUUAAUGGAUUAAAUUGUGAAAAUGAUAUUGAUGAGUGCGCAAAUGCUACUUGCCAAAAUGGAGGAACGUGCCGCGAUGGUAUCGGGAAAUACACUUGUCUAUGUAAUGAUGGAUUUGGUGGAAUUGACUGUCAGCAACACGUAACAACUCAUAGUCCGACUGCAACAAUACCACCAAAGUCCACUAUCAAUCAGGCACAACCUUCAACAACACAAAGACCGCCUGGUACACUGCAACCAAAGUUCCAGUCCACUUCCAAUCUUCUAUUAACACAAAGACUGUCUGUUACACUGCCGCCAGAGUCCUCUAUCAGUAAUAAACACACUUCAACAACACACAGAUCAACUGUUUCACUGCCGCCCGAGUCCACUAUAAAUCGUGAGCAAUCUUCACCAACACACAGACCGCCUGUUACAGAGCCACCUGGGUCCACCAGCAAUCUUGAACAAACUUUAUCAACGCCCAGUCAGCCUAUUACAAUAUCACCUAAGUUAAUUCGUGAGCAUCCUUCAUCAACAAAGAGAACGUUGCCGCCCAAGAUUGACAAUAAGUCGUCGCCGCAGAAGGCCGUCAAGAUCGCACCGAUAGCUGGGGGCGCCUCGGGAGGAGUGAUAGUGGUUGUAAUCGUGGUGGUGUUGGUGGUAAAAUGUCGGGGAAAACAGCCGCAACAGGCAAGCCAAAAUGAUCAGUCACAAAUGAAUAACACAAAAGUUUCGUAUAAUUCAACAAAUGAAGUAGGUUUGCACAUGAACGGCCAUCAAAAUUCAGUUUAUCAACAAGAUGGACAAUUUGGAGCAGAGAAAGAUAAACGGUACGACAAUCCGAUAUAUCAUGAGGAUGAAAAGACCCAAUUGUGAUGCGUUUUCUGCUAAGUGUGUAUGCAUUGUAAUUCAAUUGGAUGUCUUGUAUAAAAAUAGCCCGACAUGUCACGUGACAUUUAUUCAAACUAUGGUUUAAGCAUUGGUCCUGGUAGACUUAAUCAAAUACUUUUAGCAAAAACGCAUUUAACGGAUAACGCAUUGGACUGUGAGAAAGAGGUACCCAAUAAAUGUGACCAUCUAUAACCUCCUGUGAUAUAGAUGUGAUCAAUUAAUGUGACCAUCAAUAACAUCAUGGAAAAAAAGAGGUGAUCGAUGGAGGUGACCAGGUGUGACCUCCUGUAAGAUAGAUGUGACCAGGUGUAACCUCCUGUAAGAUAGAUGUGACCAGGUGUAACCUCCUGUAAGAAAGAGUUGACCAGGUGUAACCUCAUGUAAGAUAUAGGUGACCAGGUGCUACCUCCUGUAAGAUAGAGGUGACCAGGUGUUACCUCCUGUAAGAUAGAGGUGACCAGGCUUGACCUCCUGUAAGAUGGAGGUGACCAGGUGUAACCUCCUGUAAGAUAGAGGUGACCAGGUGUUACCUCCUGUAAGAUAGAGG